AUGUCGUCCGGGGGCAAGGAGGGGGGCGGGGGCUCCCCUGCCUACCACCUCCCGCACCCACACCCACACCCACCCCAGCACGCCCAAUAUGUGGGCCCCUAUCGGCUGGAGAAGACGCUGGGCAAAGGACAGACAGGUGGGAGCCAGCAGGGGAAGAAAGAGGAAACAGGGUGGCAAGGGGGGCUUAGGAGCCAGAGGCGGGGAGAAUGCCCUGGGAGCGCACCCCACAUUUUCAAUCCCGAUACCCCAGGUCUGGUUAAACUCGGGGUCCACUGCAUCACGGGCCAGAAGGUUGCCAUCAAGAUCGUGAACCGGGAGAAGCUGUCCGAGUCGGUGCUGAUGAAGGUGGAGCGGGAGAUUGCCAUCCUGAAGCUCAUUGAGCACCCACAUGUCCUCAAGCUCCACGACGUCUACGAGAACAAGAAAUAUUUGUACCUGGUUCUGGAGCACGUGUCUGGAGGUGAGCUGUUCGACUACCUGGUAAAGAAGGGGAGACUGACCCCCAAGGAGGCCCGGAAGUUCUUCCGUCAGAUCGUGUCGGCGCUGGACUUCUGCCAUAGCUACUCCAUCUGCCACAGAGACCUGAAGCCUGAAAACCUGCUUCUGGACGAGAAAAACAACAUCCGCAUCGCGGACUUCGGCAUGGCGUCCCUGCAGGUGGGGGACAGCCUCCUGGAGACCAGCUGUGGGUCCCCUCACUAUGCAUGUCCAGAGGUGAUUAAGGGGGAAAAGUACGACGGCCGCCGGGCGGACAUGUGGAGCUGUGGAGUCAUCCUCUUCGCCCUGCUUGUGGGGGCUCUGCCCUUCGACGAUGACAACCUCCGCCAGCUGCUGGAGAAGGUGAAACGAGGCGUCUUCCACAUGCCCCACUUCAUUCCUCCAGACUGCCAGAGCCUCCUGAGGGGAAUGAUCGAAGUGGAGCCGGAGAAAAGGCUCAGCCUGGAGCAAAUUCAGAAACAUCCCUGGUACCUGGGCGGGAAACAUGAGCCGGACCCGUGCCUGGAGCCAACCCCAGGCCGCCGGGUGGCCAUGCGGAGCCUGCCAUCAAACGGAGAGCUGGACCCUGAUGUCCUGGAGAGCAUGGCUUCCCUGGGCUGCUUCAGGGACCGCGAGCGGCUGCAUCGCGAGCUGCGCAGCGAGGAGGAGAACCAAGAAAAAAUGAUAUAUUAUCUGCUUUUGGAUCGGAAGGAGCGGUAUCCCAGCUGUGAGGACCAGGACCUACCUCCUCGGAAUGAUGUUGACCCACCCCGGAAGCGUGUGGAUUCCCCCAUGCUGAGCCGUCACGGGAAGCGGCGGCCAGAGCGGAAGUCCAUGGAAGUCCUGAGCAUCACGGAUGCCGGGGGUGGUGGCUCCCCGGUGCCCACCCGACGGGCCCUGGAGAUGGCCCAGCACAGCCAGAGAUCCCGUAGUGUCAGUGGAGCCUCCACUGGUCUGUCAUCCAGCCCUCUGAGCAGCCCAAGGAGUCCGGUCUUUUCCUUCUCACCGGAGCCCGCUGGAGAUGAGGCCCGGGGUGGGGGCUCACCGACUUCCAAAACGCAGACGCUGCCUUCUCGGGGCCCCAGGGGUGGGGGCGCCGGGGAGCAGCCUCCUCCCCCGAGUGCCCGCUCCACACCCCUGCCCGGCCCCCCAGGCUCCCCACGCUCCUCCGGGGGGACCCCCUUGCACUCGCCCCUGCACACGCCCCGGGCCAGCCCCACUGGGACCCCAGGGACAACGCCACCCCCCAGCCCCGGCGGUGGCGUCGGGGGAGCCGCCUGGAGGAGUCGUCUCAACUCCAUCCGCAACAGCUUCCUGGGCUCCCCACGCUUUCACCGGCGCAAGAUGCAGGUCCCCACUGCCGAGGAGAUGUCCAGUUUGACGCCAGAGUCCUCUCCAGAGCUGGCAAAACGCUCCUGGUUCGGGAACUUCAUCUCCUUGGACAAAGAAGAACAAAUAUUCCUCGUGCUAAAGGAUAAACCUCUCAGCAGCAUCAAAGCGGACAUUGUCCAUGCCUUCCUGUCGAUCCCCAGCCUGAGUCAUAGUGUGCUGUCACAGACCAGCUUCAGGGCUGAGUACAAGGCCAGUGGUGGCCCCUCCGUCUUCCAGAAGCCCGUCCGCUUCCAGGUGGACAUCAGCUCCUCUGAGGGUCCAGAGCCCUCCCCCCGGCGGGACGGCAGCGGUGGUGGUGGCAUCUACUCUGUCACCUUUACUCUCAUCUCCGGUCCCAGCCGUCGGUUCAAGCGGGUUGUAGAGACCAUCCAGGCCCAGCUGCUGAGCACUCAUGACCAGCCCUCCGUGCAGGCCCUGGCAGACGAGAAGAACGGCGCCCAGACCCGGCCUGCCGGGACCCCGCCCCGAAGCCUGCAGCCCCCGCCCGGCCGCCCAGACCCAGAGCUGACCGGCUCUCCCCGCCGAGGCCCCCCUAAGGACAAGAAGCUCCUGGCCACCAACGGGACCCCCCUACCCUGACCCCAGGGGGCCGGGGAAGGAGGGGCACCCCCUCCACCCCCUUCCCUGCCCCCCAACUGUGAAUCUGUAAAUAGGGCCCAAGGAGUACGUAGG